UAAUAAAGACAAGUGCAGACUGCAACUACUUGCAACAGCUACAACAAAUUCCAUUCGGACCAUUCGUAGAUCUACGCGCGACUGCUAGUUGUACUGUACAGACUGUGUAGUAAGUUACUUAGUUAGUAGUUGUCGGAAAUACAUGAUUGUAGUUAUUUUUUAACUGUUGGUAGCGCGCUAGCGAGGAUCUAGGAGUUACGCGGUCGUUGCUACCCUAAAUUCUAAUCUGAUUCCGUCGUGUCGGUCAGAUACCAGGAUACAGACACGUAAUCUUGGUGAGCCACAGAAGUCCGAAAUGGAAACCUCGCCAAAGAUCUCCUCCUUUUUGUACUGGCUAUGUCCUGUGGCUGCAGUUUUAUUGGUUGUGGCAUCCCCUCCGGCUGCAAUAGCCACACGGCAGGGCAGCAAACCUAACGUGCUGAUGAUUGCCAUUGACGAUCUCCGUCCUGAGUUUGGCCAGGCUUUCUCAGUUCCCGAGGUGAAGACUCCAAACAUGGAUAAAUUCGUGGAGACAGGCACGGUAAUGCAGCAUUCUUAUGUGCAGGUUGCUGUAUGUGGACCCAGUCGCUCUAGCAUUCUGACUGGCCGUCGGCCUGACACGACCCAUUCCAUGUCACCCUUCUCGUGGUGUUGGAGCAACCGGGGCCAGUUCCUGACGUUGCCACACUACUUCAAAAACAAUGGGUACACAACGGCUGGCAGUGGUAAGCUGUUCCAUCCGGACGCCUGUGGUGCUGCUGAUCCACACUCUCUGGGAGAUGAUAAAACAGCAUGGACAUUGCCGUAUUUCCCCGAGCCGGAAUGUGUACAGUGGGGCAGUGUACCCUGCCCUAGAACAAAGUACUGGAACAACACGAUGGGAGACUCAGUCAUGGUUUCACCGCUUGAUGACGAUCACCUGACUGACGGCCAGCUUGCCAUCCAUGCACAGGGACGACUGGCCAACUUCUCCAAGCAAGGCAUUGGCAUGGGAGACAAACCUUUCUUUAUGGCUGUGGGCUUUCACAAACCUCAUCUUCCACACAUUGCACCGAAGAAGUACUUUGACAUGUAUGAUGUAAACCAAGUCAGCCUUCCGCCCAACCCGAACGUUCCAGAAAGAUUCACAAAAGGUGCUUGGUAUAACAGUGAUGAAAUGCAAUCAUACAUUGAUGCACAUAAGCAAUUUCCGGCUGAUGGCUUUUCACAGAAUCAUCCUAUCUCUGACGAUGAUAAGAGAAAGCACCGCCAGGCAUAUUUUGCAGCAACAUCUUAUGUGGACGCGCAAGUUGGACGUGUCAUGGACGCUUUGGCGAGUAACGACUAUGCUAACAACACCAUCGUUGUGCUGUGGUCGGAUCAUGGCUGGCAUCUUGGUGACACAAACUCCUGGGGCAAGUGUACCAACUUUGAGUCAGCCACACACAACACACUGAUGUGGCGUGUACCGGGCAAGACGAACAAAGGCAAAAGUGAGCGCCUUGUGGAAAUGCUCGACCUGUAUCCAACUUUGCUAGAGCUCACAGGACUGCCACCCCUGGAUUACUGUGAACAAGACGAGCCCCCGACAGUCAACUGUCUGCAGGGUAAAAGCUAUGCGUCGGAAUUCACUGGAAGUACUGACCAAGCUGAUUUGGCGGAUGCAAAGCAGUAUGCUUUCAGUCAGUGGCUAUACCCGGGUGCUAUUCAACCUGGACUGGACAGCGAUGCUAGUGCUCCAAAGCCAAAGUCAUUCCACGUUGGAUACACGGUGCGUACUCGGAAUGGAUACAGACUGACAGAGUAUGUGCCGUACAAUACAACCAUGUUCAAGGCCAGCUGGUCCGACUUCGUACCCAUCAGAGAGCUGUAUGAUUACAACGCGGAUCCGUACGAGACCGUGAAUCAUGCCUACAACACCUCCUACAGUGAGAUAGUGCAGCAACUGCAUACCGUGCUCAACACCCAGUUUUCCUGAGCUCUGGGCACCGCUAUGUAGUAACAUUGAUUGCAAUGUACGUGACAUUGGAUAGGAGGAGAGAAUUGUGAAUCUUGGUGCGAUCGACCAUAACAAGUUAUGCUGCACUGUGGUCUCACUCUAUUUGAUCUGGCUAUCGGCUUUCAUGGUGAAGUCGCAUCUUUGAAAUCCUGGAUUGAUUUUUGAAACUCAGUUACUGGACACCGAAGCAUUGUUCAAAUCAACAUGAAACCCA